CAUUUCAUUUCAUUUUCAUCUCACUUCAUAUUAACUCCGACAUUCGUUCAUAUCACCAGCAAAACUUAAUAUCAUCGAAAGUAUCGCUACCUUUGAAUACCUUUUACCUGACUCUACUUGGUUUCAAUAAUUGUCAAUUGAAGAUCAAUUCAUUCUCUUCUUUUCAUCGUUCAUUGUCAUUAUCUUACUACACCCCCUUUCGCUCUUUUCAGCUGCCGAUUAAGUUUUGAUCGAAUGCAUGCGUAAUCUUAACCCUCGCGAAACAUUGAAAAGAUAAGGAUUUGAAGAAAACCAACCACACCCUAUGACCUUUACCAACCCCAGAGAAUAACCUUUCGUGAAUUCAUACCGUCAAUUCAAUUCAAUUCAAUUCACCUCAUCUCUUCUCUUCUCUUCUCUUCUCAUCUCACUACCUCUUCUCAAGUUCAAUCAACCUCAAUCUCCUCAUGGGUAAAUGUAGAUAUCCCGAAUCCCUUCCGUUGUUCCUUACGAAAAUCAUCUGGCUAACAACUUAUCCAUAGGGCGAUAUGGUGUUAUCCUGGACGCAGGCUCGUCGGGAACUCGAGUUCACAUUUAUAGAUGGCUCAACAGUGCCAAAGCAUUACAAAAUCCCGAUCCUAUCACUCUCCAAAGUUUACCCAAGUUAGAAACCAAUAAGAAAUGGACGAAAAAGAUCAAACCAGGUGUAUCUACAUUUGGCGAAAGACCGGCAGAUGUUGGUCCAGAACAUUUACAACAACUCCUUGACCAUGCUCUCGACAUUGUCCCAAAAGAUCAAAUUUCCGAUACACCAAUCUUCUUAAUGGCAACAGCUGGUAUGCGAUUACUCCCUCAAGUUCAACAAAAUGUACUUCUAUCCGAGAUUUGCGGCUUUGCUCAAAAAUAUACAAAGUUCGAUUUACCAGAUUGUGGUUUACACAUUCAAGUAAUUCCCGGUGAAACAGAAGGACUUUAUGGAUGGAUUGCCGCAAAUUAUUUACUUGGAGGUUUCGAUACACCAGAAGAACAUGCUCAUGGCAAAGGACAUCAUACAUAUGGAUUUUUAGAUAUGGGGGGAGCGUCGGCGCAAAUUGCAUUUGCUCCUAAUGCCACUGAAGCCGAAAAACAUGCCGAUGACCUCAAAUUAUUACGAAUGAGAACUAUGAAUGGACAACCUGCGGAAUAUAAGGUGUUUACUACAACUUGGUUAGGAUUUGGUGUUAAUCAAGCUAGGCAACGCUUCGUACAAAGCUUAAUGGAUGCUUCUUACACCAAGGAUACCAAAGAAUUGCUCGACCCAUGUCUUCCGGCUGGCCUCAAAACGACCUUACAAGGUGAUAUUCUUGAUGAUUCAAUGAAAACAGGAAAGGAUCCAAUAUUGUUAGGUACCGGACGAUUCGAUCAAUGUUUAGCAGCGACCUACCCCUUAUUAGAUAAAGAUGCUCCUUGUGCCGAUCAACCUUGCUUGCUUCAUGGGCAACAUGUUCCAGCUAUUGAUUUUGAUGUUAAUCACUUUGUUGGAGUUUCUGAAUAUUGGCAUACAACACACGAAGUUUUUGAAAUGUCACACAAAGAUAAAGCGUAUGAUUUCACGAAAUAUCAAGCUUUAGUCAAGGAUUUUUGUAGUGAGGAAUGGGAUGAUAUUGAAAAGGGUGUUGAAAAGAAGAAAUGGGGAAAAAAGGUAGAUGCUAAGAUAGCACAAGGAGUAUGCUUUAAAGCUUCAUGGUUAAUCAACGUACUCCACGAUGGAAUUGGUGUUCCGAGAGUAGGAUUGGAAAAGCCUGGAGCAAAUUAUAACGCGACAAAGGAAAUGAUGCUUCACUCAAAGGGCAAGGGUUUCUUGGAUCCCUUUCAGGCAGUUGACAAGAUUAAUGGAGUUGAAGUUAGUUGGACAUUAGGGAAGAUGAUAUUAUACGCAUCCGGUCAAGUUCCUCCUGCAACUGAGGAUGCUCUACCAGUUGGAUUUGGUAGUAAUACCUUGGGAGUUCCCACGGACUUUCAAUUGGCUGGUUCAAAUGCGAAUCCUGUACCUCACGAUGACGAUGAUUGGUCUGAUGCAGCUGAUGAUCUUAUCGAAAAGGCACAUUCUCGGUCAACUCCUGGCUUCCUAUUAUUUCUACUCAUUUUAGCAUUUCUUGCUUACUUAUUCCGCAAGAGGGAUAGAAGACUUCGAUUGUAUAGGGGUGUCAGUACAGUUCUACGCCGAAAUUGUCGACCAGGGAGUCCAAAGAAAGGGUCUCGCAGUUUUUUCAGUGCAGGAAAAUUAUUUGGAUCUCGAGGUACUACGAGCUAUGAACGUGUGCUAGAAGAUGGUGAAGCUGCUACCGAGUUUGAAUUAGGUGGCGCUGACUCAUCCGAAGAAAAUGAGUAUUCGGAUGGAAGUGAAGGAUCUCGAGUAGGACGUUCUUCAGGAUUAGCUACACCAAAGUUAAAUGUGGUCAAUUUUGAAACAGCCAAUUAUUUUGACAAUAAUCCUCAACAUGGUCAAGGUAUUGGUCUUGGUUUAGGAAGCGGAGUACCAGUUGCAUGGAAUAGGAGUGGUCUUGUUGUUAGGACAGAAAGUCGAGAAAGAUUAGCUCCAUCUUUAAAUUCUUUGGGAGCUGGAAGAAGAAGUAGAACGGGUAGUCCAACGAGGAAAAGUCCCUUAAUGACACCUUUUGAAGAGUCAUGACAUGAGAAUUAGGGUGAAUGAAGAGGCGUGUUAGGAAACUAUCAUCAUAUCUAUUUAGUAGUAUAUUCUCUUUUAGCAAGGCGCUUUCACUUGGAUUGGAAAUGGAGUUAAGAUGGUGUUGAAAUGGUGGUGAAAUGGCGUUGAAAAUGGAUAGGAGAUGUUGAGUGAGGGUUUAAGCUUGGAAUGGCAUGGCUUAACUUGUUGACAUCAGGGCUUAUUACUUCGCAGUACUUUUUUGUACAUAUAUUUUUUCUUUCUUCUUCUUCUUUAGAUACUCAUGGUUGAGUUGCCAAUGCUGAUGUAUGUAAAGGGUAAAGUGCGAAUAGAUGGAUCAAUGAAUGGAUGGAUGGAUGGAUGAGCUGGAAAUAUCUUUGUACGUCAAUCAGUCAGCCGGUCGGUUGAUCGAUCGGUUAGUCACAUAGAGUAUGAAUACUGUAGUAUGAUUUUGGGUAUGAGAGAGUUUGUGGGAGGUUUUAAUGUAUGUUGAUGAAUUCAGAG